UGCCUUGCCUUAUACGCCACAGCUUGCACAGUGCAAAGAUCCCAGCACUGAAUUCUAUGAAGAAGAACUUCAUAAAUGUUGCAGCAAGUGCCCUCCAGGUCAGUAUAAGAACAAGAGCUGCAGUCCCAGCGAGGACACACAGUGCAGUCCCUGUAGACCUGACACGUACACAGCCAUCUGGAAUCUGUCUCCCCAGUGCUUUGCCUGCUCUCCACCCUGCAGGAAAGGAUUUGUGGAGAAUCAAACGUGCACUAACUCACAGGACAGAAUCUGUAGCUGCCCACCCAAUGAGUACUGCAUUUCAAAAUUAUUCGAGAUCUGCAAAAUAUGUAAAGUGCACAAAAGAUGUGGAAAAGGUUACCGAGUUUCCAGAAGAGGCACAGAUAGCACGGAUACAGAAUGUAAACCCUGUCCUCCUGGCACCUUUUCACAGGAGGAAUCUUACAACACCAGCUGUAUACCCCACAGAGUUUGUAAAUCAGUGGCUGUUCCUGGAAACAGGAUAAAUGACACAGUUUGCAGCGACUCAGGAAUAGCAGUUCCCACCGUUCUACCUCGCACUAUUUUGAACCUGCUCCUGACCCAAAGCUCAGCUUCCAGCAAACCUGAAAUAAUAACCCGACCUGUCAUCUUAAACUCUGUACCUGACAUGUCUCACAUCAUCGGAUCAGUAGCAGGGCCAUUGUUAUUGAUCCUGAUAAUCACUAUUUUGGGAUAUUGCUUAGUCUCCAAAAAAAAAGCCCUGGCAUAUUCUCCACCAACUACGGCAGCAGAUUCGCCUUUUUCCCCUACGGAAAAGCAGUGUGACAAAAAAGUAAGAAAUACAGGAUCGCAAAACUCCAGCGGUUCUGAACAGGAGCAGCAGCGUCUCUUGGGAGCUUCUGGGUCCAGCAGUAGCUCCCUGAAUAAUCCAUCCGGAGCUGCAAGAGUCGGGGAGAUAAGUAACAAGAAAAAUGAAAAGAAAGAAACCGAAGGAUUUCAGCAGCAACAUUUAGCUGCAGCAGGUUGUAAGCUUCACAGUGGAGACAGACACAACUCUGCGAGCUCAGAACAUUCUGGUAACGGAGGAACGCAGGUGAAUGUGACUUGUAUUGUUAAAGUCUGUGGCCCAGACUGCAGUUCCCAGUUCCCAGAACAGACCAGUUCAACCAGCACGGCUUAUGGGAACGCUCCCUAUUAUUCCCCAACAGGAGAAAAAAUUCCCCUUUCGAAAGAAGAAAACCCCUUGAAAAAAACCCCUGAAAUUCAGAUUUCAGUGGAAAAUGAGGACAAUUUACUUCAAGACUUGCUUCCAGAAGAAGUUUCCUCUGUGUAUUCAAGAUGUGAAGAUGAAAAGCAGUUAAAGGAAAUUACAGAUUGUUUACUGAGUGACUGAUAAAAUCAAUCAAGUAACUCCUUAUCUUCUCAAACAACCAUGAUGUUAAAUGUAGCAUUCCCUACAGAGACUUGACAUUUCAUACAAAUACAGACACUGAUGCUUUUGAGGUUUUAAAUCUCUUUUUGUCCGCUUUGAGAGUCAAAUGGUAAUAGUUUAAAUCUUUGCUUUUUCUUUUAAACUGAGCGGCCAACUCCUCCCUUUCUUCCAUGAUACCCUAGAGACACCUUUACCAGAUUUUAAAAGGAACAUUUUUCUAACUUAAUGCCAUUGAUUUUUCUGCUGAGACUUCCUGUGAUGGUAAUUCGGGUUCAGGUUUGUCACCUGUCAAGAACAUGGCUGUGACCAGCUCUUCUGAGAGACUGGAAUUAAAUUCAUCAUUCACUCAAUGCUAAUGAAUUAUCCAUUUGAUCUUAAUUUUAGAGCUAUUGCACUCUAUUUCCUAUCCCAUAUCUUCAUGGGGAUACUUUCCCUCAUCCUCCUGGAUAUUUCUUUUAUUAUUACAGUUUGCUUUCACUCAUUAUUGGACGAAACUUCUCAAAUCAUCCUUUAGUAUAUCAAGGAAUGAAAUCUUUUACAGAACUUUUUUUACUAGAUUACAAUUAUUACGUCUAAACAGUAGCAUUUCAUUAGCUGUACAUAGUUCAUUUUAUUUUCGAAAAGAAAAUCUACAUUAAGCAGUUGUUAUUUUGGAGCAGGAAAUAAGUUCCUUUCAUUGACAGCUCUAAAGUUUGUUAUCUUUAUGCUAUGGGUGAUUAAAUAUGCUUCCCUGGUUUUGACCUCAUUUUUGAGGUUAAGCGUAAACCCAACAUAUUUUUGCCCCCGAUCCAGUGAAUAUUAGAGAAGAUCCACAGGAAUACCUGUGCCAGAUAGCUCACGCCCACUGACCUCAGGAAAAGGAGUCUCUCUUGGUGACUGCACAGCGUCAUCUGUAAAACGUGGAAUUGACUCAAACCUCAGAACCAGAAAAUCCUGUUCUCCUUCACUUCUUGCUUGACACUGAAGAUCCAACCACCUCUUACAGAAAAUUAGUAGAGGUUCUCCUUGAACCCAGUGGGAGUCUUUUGGUUUUGGAAGUAAAUUCUUAGGAUCCCAUCUCCCAUAAUUAUAUUUUAUUUAUUUGACUUAACCAACAGUUGUGACAUCUGUAUUCAACCAGAAUUUGCAACAAGGUGUCUGAAUUACAUUUGAGUGAAGUCAUACAGUAGGAAUAACAUUUUUCUUUUAUGCCAUAAAAACAUACUUUUGGACUAGUUGAUGGCCAUACUUCCCUUCCAACUCAACUCUUUUAUUCUACCUCAAGAGAAACAAAACGCAGCAGUUAUUUCUGAGGCCUUAGACUGAAAAAGGACAUUUUAGAAUAGCAUUUAUUUGACAGCUACAGAAGAGAGAGAGAUUUUAAAAAUACAAAUUUUAAACUUCCAUAAAAGCUCUCAGGUUUACUAACAUUAUUUCUGGAACUAAGAACUGGCAAACACGUCUUUAAUUCUGCUAUGAAGAAACCUUUUACAACUGUGUAUUACACUUGUACUCGAAAGUAGUUUUCACAGAAGACUUUGAAAAUGGGCACAUUAUAACUAUUACAAACUAUUACAAAAGCUAAGGAAUUAGGCAAGAAAAGACCCUCAUUUUAUAUAGUGCUUUGAACCUCUUGCACUAUUUUCAUGUCCUGUUCAUCAGGAAUCGGGACCACAUUGGAGCAGCAGUGACAGAUUUUUGAACAAGUUUUAGAACUGUUAAACAGGGAGGAUCUUGUUACAGCAGUUAAUUUACUGUACUCUCAAAUUAUGGAGCUGUGUGACAGAAGGAAAAGCCAAGUUUUACGCUGAAGUAGGAAAAAUGCUUGUGUUUGCUUAUAAAAAAGAACCCUUCAUUUUUAUAUUUACGUGCAUCUUCAAGUUCCCUGAUCUCCCCAUUAAACAGGAUUCUUACUUGUA